AUGGAGAACCACAGCCGACUCAGCCUGUAUGCCAUGUGCGGGCUCGUGGAGCGGCUGUCCCAGGCGACCCUGGAUGAUUCAAGCGUGACCAACUUGCUGCGGUUGAAGCUGCUCGAGAACCUGGGCGAGGUCACGUCGCCGGUCGUCAUGGGCCGCGUGCUCUACCUGCUGAAGAACUGCUCGUCGAUGGACCGCGACUUCUUCGUGAUGAUCACGAACCAUAUCUAUCGCAACAAACUGUACCCAACGGGUGACGUGCCCAGGCUGUGGUGUCGUUACUUCAAGUUCAUCGGCGACAAUCGGCUGUAUCACAAGGCGCUGCUGGACGUGCUGUGCAGUGAGUUCUCCGAGUACGUCCUCAGAUACCUCAACCACGAACCACCGUCAUACCCCCGGCGUAUGCAGGAGUCAGUAGCAAUUGCAUCAUGGGCGCUUGCUAUAACGGCGCCCGACAUGCCCCUGGAGGACCUGUUUGAGCGGAUGCUGCGUUUCUGCAGUUUACCCGGGAUAGAUCGCAGCGUGGCCAUUCGAGUUUUCUGGGGCGCGUCUGUGCGCAACACCUGCCUAGACCGGAUUGAUGUCGCUAUCAUCGAGCGGCUGUGGGAGGAGACGUUGUCAGAGCCCAGCGCAGGCCUACGCCGCAAGUCGCACCUGCACCAGAUCUACACGAUUCUGCGGUGUUUGAAGCUGGGUGGCAUCGAAGAGAAUGGGCUCACCGACCGUUGUCUUGCGACCUUGCACGAGCUGCGUUACGGUCACAAGGACUCCAAGAUUUCUACCAGCCAGAGGUACGUGUCGGAUGUGCUAGUUCGGCUAGGCGUUCCCCACAAGGUGGAGCUCCUGACCCCUGACCUGUUGAGCAUAGACAUCGCAAUAGAAGGCGACGGCGAGAGGAUCGCGCUUGAAGUGGACGGUCCGCUCCACUUCACGUGUGUCUGCGAUGCUGCCGAAGCAAGCUCGCCGAUGCGCACGGGCCCCACGCAGAUGAAGCAGUCAUUCCUGAAACACAACGGGUGGUCAGUGCUCUCCGUCCCACCGGUGAAGCUGGACGAUAGCGUCGACCUGAGUGCUGCGAUUGCAUCAGUGGACGCUUACUACAAGCGUCUGCUCCUUAAUUCCGGCAGUCCCUACCUGAGGCGCAUUCUUGGGUAG